AUGGGUGAUCCUGACAUCCUGUGGUUCAGACUCAGUGAUACCAAGGCCAUCAAGCUGGAUACCACAGAGGUAACCCAACAAAAGUUUUGCUUGGAUGGAGAGGUGUCAAAGGGAUUUGCCUCCUUGCAGAUCUACAACACAAAUCACAAUGAUAGCGGCAUUUACUACUGUGGAGUAUCAUUCCUUACAAAAGAUCCUACAGACAAGUCUAAACAAACAGGAGGUGGCACGAUCCUGGUGAUCAGAGCCCAUGGUGAAAUAAUCUCAGGGGAGGAGAAGUUGCUGCAGUCAGUUCUAAUCACCAUUCUAGGUCUAUACAGCCUGUGCAUCACUGUGCUCCUGAAGCAAACGAUCAACUGGACAAGAAAGACAAAACUCAGUGCCAAGAAACGAGUGGAGAGAGCGAGCAAGGUCUCGUUGAAUAAGCACACAGAUUUCCAGAGGACCAAAUGCUUUCAUGCCCUUACAGUGGAGUUCAACAACAAGUACAAGAACCAGGAGGCAGCGUGUGAACAUGGGGAAAAUGACGGCACCCUCUACGAAAAUACGGAUCAGAUCUAUGAAAACGAGUAGGCUACAAUCGCCACACAGAUAAAGGCAACAGCUUCCAUUCAGGUGGACAACAUAGAUACAAGGAUUUACAGCCAAUAAGCUUGACCAUCAAACACCAUGACAGUGCAUUGGGAAAGCCACUUUCAUUAAGACUCUGUAUCUGGAAUCUCCAGGAGAGAACCCAACAUGCCAAGUUUGUCCCAAGACGCUAUACUGCUCCCAAAUAUCAACAACAAUAACAAAAACAAUUUAUAU